AUGCGACUUAUACGGUGGAAAAUCACCCAGGAGCAGUUCCUCCUCGCGUCUCAGUCCGUGCACCUGCAGCGGCCGGGCUGCGAUGCCGUGUACCCAGUGGGUCUGUGCGGCUGGAGGAAACGAUGCAUCUAUUUCUUCCUGCUGCUGCUCCUCGUCACCAUGAUCGUUAACCUGGCACUCACUGUCUGGAUCAUAAAGGUCAUGAAUUUUUCAGUGGAUGGGAUGGGAAAACUGCAGCUGAACCAGGACCAGCUUCACCUGGAGGGAGUCAGCGAGUUCCAGAUGCCUUUGUAUGUCAACGAGAUUCGGUCCAGAAGAGACAGCUUGUUGGUGUUGCGGUCAGAUAAGAACGUGACGCUGAACGCCCGAAACAGUCAAGGACACCUGACUGGUCAGCUUACAGUGGGACCUGAAGCCGUGGAGACUCAGUGUCGGAGGCUGGAGGUGAGGAGUGGAGACGGCGGCAGGCUCCUGUUCACUGCAGAUGAGGAGGAAGUCACAAUGACAACAGAAAAGUUCACAGUCACAGGCUCGGAAGGCGCCGUGUUUGGACACUCGGUCGAGACUCCGCUGAUCCGAGCGAGGACGUCGGAGGACCUGAGGUUGGAGUCGCCCACUCGAACUCUGAGCAUGGAGGCGCCGAGAGGGGUGGAAGUGAGCGGCGCCGAGGGGACGCUGAAGAUCAGCAGCAGGAAGGACCUUCAGCUGGAAUCCACAGAGGGAGAGAUCCUUCUGGAUGCAAACAGCGUUCAGAUCGGAAGCCUCCCUCUUGGCAUCUACGCCCCGUCGACCAGUCAGGCCCUCCAGGACCAGGCCGCGUACGAGGUGUGCGUCUGCCCCAGUGGCAAGAUCUACCUCUCUCCUGCCGAGAGCGUCUCCUCCUGCCAGGCCAUGAGCAACAUCUGCCUGUGGAGCUGACGUGGGCGCAGAGCAAGGACACCUGGAAUAUAUCGGGUCUGCCAUCUGAGAUAGGAGCCAAAUGCGAACGCACCGACGGCGCUCCGACUCCGACACAGAAGCGGAUUAAUGGAGGCCACGGCUCGACCGUCUGAAGAUGAAAUCGUUCCCUGACAUCAGGAAUAUCUACAGGACAACUUCCACCACCUUCAAAAAUCAG